AUGCGUAGGUGCUACUCGUACGUUGGCCGCAAUGGUGGUGAGCAGGAGUUGUCCUUGGGCCAGGGCUGCCUCGACCCCGGCAUAGUGACACACGAGCUUCUGCACGCGGUGGGCUUCUUCCACGAGCACACACGACCCGACCGGGACGAGUACAUCAACAUCUACCCAGAAAAUAUUAUAAACGAAUUCCUGCCAAGCUUUCAGAAGCUGGAGAGUAGUGAGACCAUCUUGCUGACACCAUUCGACUACAACUCGAUUAUGCUGUAUGGCUCGAAGACAUUUUCCCGUGGUCCCGAUCUACCCUCUAUGCUGGCAAAGGAUGGCACAACGCUCACGGAAGUCUACGAGAAACCCGGUCUAAGCGCGUCCGAUAUUUAUCAGAUUAAUAAGCUGUAUGGUUGUACCUAG